UCCUCGUUGUUCCCCAAUGCACCAUGGGUCACACCUGGCAGAUUGGAGGGACCUGGAUGCCUGAGUCCUGAGACAGGUUUCUCUCUUGAGGGAGGGCAAGACAGGGGAUGCUCCACAGCAGCACCCUUGGGACCCCACCAGUGCCUUUGGGUGAGCCUCUGUGUCAGGGCAGGGACAUGGUGCUGCCCUUACAGCUGUGGGCAGGGAGGGCCAGACUGGCCGCAGCCUGCUGCAAGUUGGGAGUCGCCCUGGGACGCAGUGGCACGAUGUGCAGAUGGGCACAUGUGGGUGGGCAGCCGUGCGAGGAGUGCCGGUGCCAGGUGGGAGGGAGGGCAUGGCUGCGAGCGGGGCUGCCUGGCCGUGGGGCUUGCAGGAGGGCAACCGAGGCCACAGCUGCAAACGCCCUCGUGUGCAUGCUGAGACAGACAUUUCUAAAGUCACUUUGGUUCAACUAAGAUUUGUUUUAGUAAGCAGAAACAGGUUCUGGGAAAUAACAUGCAAUAUAAAUUCUUUUCUAAAUUAUGUCCUGUCCGUAACAAACCAGAUAACUGUCUGUAGCAUACUACUUUUUCCUUUUCUCCCCACUCAGCUCAAACAAUCUCAUGCUUUUCAGUCCAUUGUGACAUCCUUGUUCCUACUCUGUGCCUAAACAACUGAUGGAUUCUGGGUUUUGCUGUUUUGGGGUAUUUUUUUUUUUUGUUCAUUUGGUGUGGUUUGGUUUUUUUUGUUGUUUUGGUUUGGUAUUUUUGUGUGGUUAUUGUUUCAUUGGGUUCUGUUUGUUUGCUGGGUUUUUUUUAAUCACUCCAGAUUACCAGAAGCAAUGGGUGUUUCCUACUGGUGAUUUCAUAUUUACACGAGGGUAGAAAUCGAAUGCAUCCAGGGUGUCUUGGCCCUGGUGCCAGUUUCUUUGUAUGUAUUUUAUAAUUGUCCUUUUUUCCGUUCUAAUUUCUUUCUCCCCCACUCUGCUCCUCCUCUUCCUGCCCUUCUUUGCCUCCCCUCCCUGUGCUUCCCUGGCGGCAUUGCCAGCUCUGCACAGGCCCAGUUUCUCUAAUCAGAUGAAGCCGCAGGAUUAUUUCCCUCCCUCCCUCCUGGGCUCCAUUUUAUUUCCUCUCCAGCCAAGGGGGGAGGCAGGAAGGGGCGUCACAACUCGAGGAAACCCCAUGUCCUAGUCUCCUGCCUCUGAUGCUGUCUAGCAAUCCCUCCUCCUUCCACUGAUCGUAUGCUUACCUUAGUGUCAACAGCAUCAGGCUGAUCAAGGAGCCCAGUUUCUAAAGGAAAUCUGAACCCUUUUGGCUUCCAUUCUCCUCAGAUUUCUGAGCAUCUGUUUUAAAUACCCUCCAGGUAACUUGGACAGGGAAACUGGAUGUGCAAUCUCUGAUUAGGGGGAAGAUACCUCUUUUUUUGCCAUGUCAGCUGACAGUCACCAGCUCCACACUCAUUCCUACCAGGCCGCACUAAGUUCUACUUGUGACGGUCUCCUGAAUGUCAACAGUCACCCCCUGUCAAAGAGCUCCUCAAGUCUGGCCUGUACUGGGCAAUCAAGUUUAGAGGAAAGGCAAAGCAACAAACAGGAGCUGAAGAAAAGCCACAGUAGCACCAUUUGCCAUACCCUAGGAAAGGAGAGUGAUGCAAGGAGUGUGCCAAGUCCUGGAUGGUCCUCCUCGCAGCCUGGGAUGAUGGGACUUGGAUCAGUGGUCCAAACCAUAAGUGGCCAGUCAGCUGAUGACAAUUCACAGAGAAGAACUAAGACUACAAACCAUUUUCUUAUUGCUGAACAGUCCCAAGUAUCCUGGGAAGCAGGGGACACUAAGAUGUGUGUAAAGAGCAGCACUGUUGAGAAUGUUUCUUCAGCCUGCAUUGCCAACCAGCAAAGCACAUGUGAAAUGGAAGAACCGGGAACUGCCCUUCAGAGAAGCCACUCAGACCUAACUUGCAGCUGCAAACAGCAGACUUAUGUUGCUCACACAGAAGCCAGUGUAACUCACUCCAGCCUAAGCUCUUCCAGCUGCAGGCAUGGCCCACCAGUGGCUAGGAUGGCUUUCCAAACACAGGGUUAUGGAUCAGAAACAAGUGAAAAUACAUCUCACUGUCAGAACAUUGUGACUCAUCUUUCAGUUCUACCUAAAGAUGAAAAAGUACCCACAAAUAGCUAUGACAGCGGUGGUAUUCCACGGAAUACUAGUGUUUACACAGAUCCUGGAACUUUUCACACAGCUGUUCUAGGACCCCACAUGCCUGGAAAUGGCUUCUCAAACAGGACAAUGUCCAGUCAAGCCACUGGGAUUAUUCACGGUGGUCUGACUUAUGGUAAUAUUCCAAAUGCUGCAUACUCCCCCAUGGUGAUGACAGUUCACAACAAUUCUGCAGGGCCUUGUAACAUAAGGCAGGACCCUUGUUUGAAGGCAGAUGCCACCAUCCCUGCCUAUUGCCAUUCUUUGCCCAUACCUUCCAUACAACUUGUUCCACGAUUGGUAUGCUCAGUUAGUGAGUCGGGAAAAGAGCAGGCAGCACCUGGCUAUUUUCAUUCCUUUUCUACUUCAGACAUUCUGACAUAUCCUAAGCUGGUGUCUUCAGUAAGUGAAUCGGGCCUGGAUGCCAAGAGAGUCCUGAAAUGCUGCAGCAUUCCUGGAGAACAACCGCAACAUGCUCAACACUGUGCUCAGCAGGAAAGACCUCCUCCAGAAACAAAGGCUGCCUGCGUUGCCUUUAGUAACCAGCAAGGUGCAGAUGUGGUGAUGACAACAAAGGAUAUGUGGACUAUGACCUCUAUGAAUGAUUUAACCAAAGGACUCAAACGAGCUCUUGAGUGUAGAGAUGCCGAGGUACAAACUCUUCCGACCGUGGAAUGCAAAUCUGUGGCAACAAGCCCGGCGGCUGCAGCAGAAGACCACUCACACGUGUUCCCAGAAGUAAAUCUGGAGCAGGACUUGGAGGCCCCUAAAUCUCCAGUACGUGAAGUAAGAUGGGAUGAUGAAGGAAUGACAUGGGAAGUGUAUGGGGCAUCUGUGGAUCCAGAAGUCCUUGGUUUAGCCAUUCAAAAACAUCUCGAGAUUCAAAUAGAACAAUUUCAGACAGAGCCUGCUAAUCUGGCUGGGAAAAGUAAUGAUGAGCCAUCUUCUGAUAAAAUGGGGAAAAAAAGGCCAUUCAGAACAAUGAUGCAUUCCCUGAGAUAUCCCAGCUGUUGUGCUCGAUCCAGUACUGCAGUGGAGUGAGCAGAGCUGUAGGACAGCUUCUGUGCUGCUUUUAAGUUGUAAAUAAAUGCUGACUCCUGAGUGCUAACACAGUACGUGUGGACAAUCCACUGCUGGAUAAGUGGGAAAAGUUCAGUGACCAUCAAACAUGCAUCAAAGCAAAGAAAAACCCAUGGUUGGGCCAUCUAAGAGAGGACAGCACGUUGUAUCUACAUCAUGGCAUCUGGAUGCUCUUGACUGUAUUUAAUGUAGUGCUGUUUUAUUCUUCUAUGUUAGAUUUAAAUCAUAUUGUAAGGAAUGAGACUUCUUUUCUAGAUGAUGCACCUUUUUAAAAUGAUGUUUUUUUUCUGUAUUUUAAUAAUUUAGGGUUAGAAAACAAAGUUAGAAAAUGAUAGUUUAAUCAAAUCUCUUAGCUUUCAAUCUUAUUCCCUUCAAUUGCUUUGGGAGCUACUUUGCUGUUAAUUGAUAAUAAUGCUGACUAUAAACCCACUUUGACUGUAGACAAAAUGACAAACUAGUGUAAUGCUGUAUCACAAUGAAUUGUAACUUUUGCUACAUAACUCUGUGAAGUAAUUUUGAUAUGGCUAGUCUGAACUCUUCCCUUUGCAAGCCAGUGUACAGUUGGAGGAUGCUUCUGCAACUUUAAAAUAAGUUUGUAGUUAUGAUUAAUUACACUCUAAAUAUCCAGAAUGGAUGUUUACCAAGUGAUUGACACAAAUGUACAGUAUUACCAAAGAUGACUCGUGUAAUUUGAAUUACUUACUGAAUGCUUGUUUGAGAGACAUGAAACAAAGGCUGUUCAGAUUACUCUGCCACACUAUCAUACCCCACAAAUCAUAAGCAGUAUUGUUUUACUUAUAUUAAAAGUGACUUCCAGUAA